UGGAGAAAUUGUUUACGGUGUAUCAAUUCAGCUUAUGAAAGUGACACUUAUCUAAUUACACGCAUAUUUGGAAUAACUCAAGAUCCAGAAACAUCGAAUUACAUGAUAGUAAUGAAAUCAAUAAAUAGAGGAAAUCUAAGAUCUAAUUUACUAGUAAAAAAAUAUAACCAAUUUGAAAAAUAUAGAAAUUUAAUGGGUAUUGCGAUAUCACUUUUAACUUUACACAAGUGUAAUUUAGUUCAUGGUGAUUUUCAUAGUGGAAACAUACUUUUAAAUAGUAGGGAUACCAAUUAUUUAAGUGAUUUUGGAUUAAGCAGACCAGUAAAUCAAACUAUUAAUUCAAAUGAAAUUUUUGGAGUAAUUCCUUACAUGGCUCCAGAAAUUUUACGUGGAAAACCAUAUACUAAAGCCGCCGACAUUUAUUCUUUCGGAAUCAUUAUGUGGGAAUUUACAUCAGGGAUUCCUGCUUUUAAUGAUAGAUCUCAUGAUUUUGACCUUUCUUUAGAUAUUUGUAGAGGAUUGAGACCGAAAAUUGUUGAAGGUACAUUGCCGGUGUACGUAAGACUAAUGAAGAGAUGUUGGGAUUCUGAUCCUAAUAAAAGACCAACAACUGAUGAAUUAGUUGAAAUCCUUUCUUGUUGGUAUGAUUAUUAUCCAAAACCUGGGCUUCAUGAUAGGAUACCUGUUCCUAUCAAUGAACCUACUACUAAAAGUCAUCCAUCAUCUUGUUAUACAAGCAGAAAAAUUGAUUAUUCUGCAAAGCUAGACGGAAUUUUAAAUCAAGAAGAAUUAAGCUCUAAGUUUGUGAUAGACGAAGAAAGAAAUUAUAAUAAUGAACCUAUAUUAAGUGAAAGUCUAGAAAACUGUAAGAUUUGAUGCUUUGAAUUUGAGUUGGAACCAACUGUUACGCAGUAAAUGUUAGUCCCGUUUUUUGAGAUUUUGAGCAUACAGUCCUACGAUAUGUUGACUUGUGAGAUAAACUAAACUUGAUGCUUUGGAUAACUUACGCCUGACCGUUUGGAAGAUAGUUCGUUGGUUGUUUGAUUGUUUUGUCUUUUAUUGAACACCUUACGGAUAUAUUGCAGAUUGCCGGAUGAAGCAACAUUAUUCUUUAUUUUCCUUUAUUUUCCUUUAUUUUCUUUUAUUUAUAUUUGUUAUUAUUUUAUGAUAUUUAUUUAUUAUUAUAUUCAAUUUUCUUUAUUUAAUAAAUCAUACGUUCAUACCAUUG